GUCUGGUUGGAAAAAAAUAAAAAAAAAAAACACUGAAAUGGGCGCAAAAGGGAAAAAUGACUCGGCCGCGUUCCAAGUUGAUUUUUGCAUAGAUUUAUAUUAUAAAUAGAUACCACGUCUGCCGUGUGUCAAUAUUGUCAUUCGUUACCAUUUCCGUAUAAUAAUAUCAUAGUCCGUGAUAAUAAGUAUGGUCACACUGUUUGAUAAUGGUAAUAAAUAAUAAUCUUAUCUUUCUUUACGUAUAUAUUAGUAGUAAAAUGGGCCAAAAAAAAAAAAAAAAUGUUUCAAAUAAAUUGUAUUAUUUUUUGUUACGUAGUUGUACUAGUUGUAGAAAUGUAGAUAUAUUAAAUUUUGCCUCUAGUGAUUAGUUUAUGAUUUAUUAUUAUCUUCAACAUUGUGUUGUUUACUUAUAAUCUUUAAUUGUUACAAAAUUUAAUUAAAGUGUGCUGUAACUAAAAAUAAAAAAACUCAAUUUUAUAGUUUUAUACUAAAUUAUAAUUAUAUUCUAGUAUGGUUUUAGAAUUUUUAAUUAAUUUCAGUUGACAUAUAUUAAACUAUCAUCAUGAUAAAGACGUUAGGUUUGCUUUCUCUAGUGGCAUUUGCCACUGCUGGUGAUCAACCUUUUUCGGGUCCGUUCAUGAGCAAAGAAGAAAAACAAGGUCUAAUGGAAAAAGCCAAAGAAAUGUUCUAUCACGCAUAUAACAGUUACAUGGAUAAUGCAUACCCUGCUGAUGAACUCAUGCCUUUAAGUUGUAAAGGACGAUGGCGAACGAAAGAAAAUAACCGAGGAGACAUGGACGAUGUGCUGGGCAACUAUUCUCUGACCUUAAUUGAUUCUAUGGAUACACUUGUUGUCCUUGGUGAUUUACCAGAGUUUGACAAGGCUGCUUCAAGAGUUGUAAAUAAUGUGUCUUUUGAUAGAGAUGUGGUUGUAUCAGUAUUUGAAAUCAACAUUCGAGUUUUGGGGUGGGUAGUGUUAAAGUUUUUUAAAUUUCUAUACUUAUCGCUUUAUAUUUUCUCAUAAUUGGGUUUUUUAAUUUUGUUAAUCAUAUGAAUUUUAAUUUUUAACUAUUUUAACUAAUUAAGUAGUGAAUAAUCAAUAAAAAUAUUCAAUAGGUACAAUAAUACAUUGAACCUUAAUUAUUUUCUAUUGGUACUUGUUUAACUAAAUAUGUGUUAUACAUAUAUUAGUAUUAUACUUAAUUAUUGUUUAUUUAUUUUUGUAUUUUACUUCAGAGGUUUGUUGUCUGGUCACAUUUUUGCAAAUCAUUUUAAAGAGAAUUCUAAUCAUUUACAAUGGUAUAAUGGAGAACUUUUAGCUAUGGCUAAAGACUUAGGGUAUAGAUUAAUGCCAGCUUUUAAUACAACAACAGGAAUACCAUACUCCAGAGUAAGUAUUGAAAUAAUUGAUUUUAUUUAAUUAUUAUUCAUUAUCAUUUAUUUAUUCACAGGUUAAUUUAAAAUAUGGUAUUAAGAAAGACCAAUUACAUUACUUUCAAGAAACUUGUACAGCGUGUGCAGGAAGUAUGAUUUUAGAAUUGGCUGCUCUAUCACGCUUGUCUGGAAUACCUAUUUUCGAGGUAAAAUAAGCUAAUAUUUUAUUGUUUAGUAAUAUGUGCUUCCCUAUCUUUUUGACUUAUUAUGCCCUUUCAGAUCCAAAGUUUCCUCAGAGUGUUUUUAUAAUAAUGAAAAAUGACUGAGUCGUGUAAUAUUAAUAAUAAAAGUAAUGUACUUAUUGCCAGUCAAUUUUUUUAAAUUUAAAAACAGAAUCUAGACAUUUUUAGAAUUAAGUAUCAUAAUGCUAAAAAUAUUGAUAAUUUUUACUAAUCCAAAAAUUAUUUUCUAAUCAAAAAACCAAAAAUGGACUUAAUCUCUUGCAAUCAUUUAAGCGUUGCUUUUUCCUCUGUCAUUUGGGUUUCAAAUUAUUUUUAGACCAGACAAUUCCACACGGUGAAGCAGUAAACAUUUUGGGAACCGCUGGCUUGGGUAUUGAAAAUUUGUGUAAUAAUUCAUGAAAAUGUGUUUCCCUCAGGAAAAGGCACAUCGUUCAAUGGAUAGUUUAUGGAGUUUAAGACAUCGAUCUUCCAAUCUCAUGGGAACAGUUUUAAAUGUUGAUUCAGGUGAUUGGAUUCGAAGGGAUUCGGGAGUUGGUGCUGGUAUUGAUUCAUACUAUGAAUAUUGUUUAAAAGCUUACGUAUUACUUGGAGAAAGUCGUUAUUUAUCAAGAUUUAAUAAGGUUAUUUAAUCAAAUUUUUUAAUAUUUUAUUGAAAUUAUUAAUUAACAAUAUGAUUCCAUUAUGUAGCAUUAUGCUGCUAUCAUGAAGUAUAUAAGUCAAGGUCCUAUGUUAUUGGAUGUACAUAUGCACCGGCCUCAAAUAAACUCAAAAAAUUUUAUGGACGCAUUAUUAGCAUUUUGGCCUGGUUUACAAGUACUCAGUGGAGAUUUAAAACCAGCAAUAGAGACACAUGAAAUGCUAUAUCAAGUGGUGCAAAAACAUAACUUUAUACCAGAAGCUUUUACAACUGAUUUCCAGGUAUAUUUAUCUUCAAUAAUUUAAUAACAUAAUAGCCAAAUUAAUUAUUUGACUAUUCAUUCUUCCUCUCCAUAGUUAUAAGGCCUCUCAUGGCCAUUCCAAUUUGCAUCCGAUCCUCCAUCCUUCUCUAUUCAUUGAUUUUUUUUCCAAUUUGAGUCUCCAUAUUAUGAUUCCUUUUUUAAUUAUAUUUUUCCAUUUUGUUUUAGAUCUUCCAAGUAUUAUUUUUUGCAUGGAUUUUGUUCCAUUACUACUUUUAUUAUUUUGCUCUGGCUUCCCCAAGCAUGCCCAGCCCACUGAAGUCUUUGCUUUCCUAUUGUAUAAUUUAUAUUUGUACUCUUGUAUAAAUACUCUAGUUCUGCAUUUUGCUGUCUCCAUACCUCAAUAGUGUAAUUCUUAAUUGGCUAAGAAGAUUUUCCUUUACAAUAUUUUUUCAGAUUUUUCUCUUCUUAUUUUCUCAAUGUUAUGUUUCCGUACCGUAUAAGAUUUUCAGACGAAUCUCAUAUCUUUAGACUUUAUUAAUAAAGUACAAAUCUAACUUUUUGAUAUUGGUUUGUAUUUAGGUGCAUUGGGAACAACAUCCUUUGAGACCUGAAUUUUUGGAAUCUACAUAUUUUUUGUAUAAAGCAACUGGUGAUCCUCAUUAUUUAAAUGUUGGUCGUGAAGUUUUAAAUUCUUUGCAAAAAUAUGCUAGGGUAGAUUGUGGAUUUGCAGCUGUUAAAGAUGUCCGCACUACUGCAAAUGAAGACAUGUAAUAGUAAUUUAUUUCUAAGCUAAGUAUCUGAGAAAAUUGAUACCAUUUUAGGUAAAAAAAUACCUAAAUCCUAAUGAGAUGGUUUCUUUUUCUUGACUAAUGUUUUCUGAAAUUUUAUAAUUGUUUAUUAUUUUUUUCAGGAUGGAUUCAUUUGUGUUAGCUGAAACAUUUAAAUAUUUGUAUUUGUUAUUUGCUGAAUCUGAUGAUCUCAUAAUUAAUAUUGAUGAAUAUUUAUUCACUACUGAAGGCCAUUUAUUACCUUUAUAUUUAUCUGUCCAACCACAAAAUUAUACAGAUGCUGAAAAGGUUAAAAUUGUAAUGUAUUUUAAAAAUAUAAUAAUUUAUAUAUUUGUUUGUUUUGAUAGAUUUUAAAUGAAGAGACUGACUUACCAAAGAGGUCAUGUCCAAGUUUUGACAAUUUACUUACAGAAUCUAUAAGAAAACCAUUAAAAAACAUGGUUGAUGGACUAUGUCCUAAUCGUAAAUCAAGAGUAGAAGCUAGAGAGUUUGCGAAAGUUUUUCAAGUAAUUUAUUAAUCAUUCAGUUAUGUAUUCAUAUAAAUUUUAUUUUUAAAUAAUUGUAGUUUGGCAAUGAAAAUCAUAUGCAAAGGAUAAAAGCUAUGGGAAUUUUGGUUACUAAACUUCCAAAUGGUCUUCCGCUUCUGUUCAUGAAUUCUUCUCAUGUAAACAAAUAUUGUUAUUUUAUGUAAAUAGUUAUAAUGAUUAUUAUACCUUUAAAAUUGUGUAUUAUAGGGAAGUGGUCCAGAUGAUCAAAUAGAUGGAAAUCAAUUUUUAACAGAAUUAAAUAUUAUUAUGAAAGAUGUUACCCAAAAAGAAAAAAUUAAUUCUGCUAAGUCAGUUUCAUUUGAAAACCAAGAUGGACAAACAAUUUCUUUAUAUGCUGGUGCUGCCAAUUUUGGCCUUCCUUUAAACCUUGGUCUAAAGGUAAGUAACUAUUAAAUAUUAUAAUAUACAUAUGAUUAAUUUUUUUUAUUUUAAACUAGGUAUCAAUUAUUUACAAAAUUAUUAAGUUUAUUUUAUUUAGUUUUUUUAGAUAUUUUAUAAUCAAGGACUCUAUUUAAAUUUUUCACAAACUAGCAAACUAAACAAUUUUCUCUUUUGUUUAAGUUAAUCAUCUAAUAAAGUAAUAACUUGCAAUAUAUAUUAGAUUUAAAAAUAAUAUUUCUGAAAAUGUUAUUUAAUAUGCAUAAAACCAAAUAUUGUUUUAAUAAUUUGUAAGUAUAGUAAUUAGCCUGGUGAAAUGAAACAGAUAUGUAGUAUAUACUACAUUUCCUUAAAAGGGCAAUACACUGACAUCUACUGUCUUCGUCUUAUAAAUGUGACAGCAAAUUUGUGUUCAGUUAGACAUAUUUUGUGCAUUAGUUUUAAUAUUAAAGCAAAUUGACCAAUUACAAAAAUUAAAGGUAAGAAGAUUUUAUAUGCCCCAGCGUUGAUGUUUUUUUCACUAUUUUAAUUUUUAAGCAACAUAUAAUCAUUUUUAAAUCGUGAUAUUUAACAUACUCAUUUCUCAUUUAAAAGUACAAAUAUUGAGAAAACAUCUAGGGCAACAACUAGGGCAUAUAAAAUCUUACCUUUAAUUUUGGUAAUAGGUCAAUUUGCUUUAAUAUUAAAACUUACAGCACAAAAUAUGUCCUACUGAAAACAAAUUUGCUAUGUCUCGUGUUUGUAAGACGGUAACAUUAGAUGUUGGUGUGGCAUCCUCUUAAUAUCUUAUUUUAGCUAUUGAUUUUCUAAUGGAUUAUUCUUUAUAAUAAUAAUAAUAAAUAGGUUAACAAUGAUGGUUAUUACUAUUAUUUUUUUAAAUAAAUUAAAAAAUAUGUGUUUCUAUCUGAAAACACCAAUUGAUAUGUGAAAAUACCAAUUUUAAAUUAUUUAAUAACAACUACAAAAACAAAAUAAAGUAGACUCAAUAUCUUUAAUAAUAAUAUUAAAAAUUAUGAUUUUUUGUUAUUAUGUUUAGGUUAUGACUCGUAUUGUUUUUGCAAAUCCUGUUAAAGGUUGUGAAACAUUAUCAAAUCCAAGUGUUGUUAAAGGAAAGAUUGUUUUAGUUGAACGCGGUGACUGCAUGUUUAUUGAAAAGGUAAAUUUUAGAAAUUGUGGUAUGGAAUUAUUUAAAGUAAAAUAUUAAUUUAAAUCAUUUUUAAUAAUUAAUGGAUCAUUAUUAGAGCAUUUAAUUCAAAAAUUGUUGAAGAAAAAAUACAUAAUAACAAACUUAUAUAAAAAUAUAACUAAUCAAUUUCUUAUUCCAAUUAUAAUUUAAGAUAAAUUAUUAUUAAUAAAUAUAUAAGUAUUAAUCAAAAAUAAAAUCACUUAAGUAUUUAAUUUAUUUUUGAACAAACUUUUGUGUUUUUAAUACUAUAGUAAUAUACCUAUACAAAUAUUUAAUAAUCAACAUUUUUGGAAUCUUUUAGGCUGAUAUUUUUUUACAUUGUUAAUAAACUAAAUUUUAUUUUAACUAUAUUUUUAUAUUUAAUAUCGCUACAAUAUUGAUUUAUUUUUCACCUGAUAAACUAUUAUUUAAAGUUUUUUCCUUGUUAUUUCAGGCUCGUAAAUUACAAGAGGCCGGUGCUGUAGGAGGUAUCGUAAUAGAUAAUGCUACAGAUUCAUCUGUAAUAACAUCUCGAGCAUUUUCUAUGUCAGAUGAUGGGGUAGAUGAUGUAAAUAUACCUUUGGUGUUUUUAUUUGCUUCUGAAGCUCGACCAUUACUAGAUAUGCUCACUAUUAACCCUGAUCUUCUAGUUACAAUCAGUGAACUUCCUAAAGGUAUUUUUUUCUUUUUACUUUCUUUUUUUUGCUUGUAUUAAAUAAUUAAUAUUUUAGAAACUGAAACAGAAAUAGAAUCUGUUGAAGAUGCUGGAAAUAUGAUCAAUAACUCAAUAGAUAAACUAAAGAAAAUUAUAGGAGAUAUAAUGAUGUCUGGUGAUCCCACACAGGUACAACUAAACUUCUUGCUAUUAGCAUUUCUAUUUGAAUUUGUAUUUUCUGUAACUAUAUUCCUGUGUAGGUACAGGUUAGGUCGUUGACUUAUUUCAAGUGUUUUAUACAAAUUCCAACUUAAAUGUGAUAUUUUUAUAAAAAAAAAAAAAAACCAAUUUGUUUAAUAUUAUUUCAAUUGUAUUUAUUUUUACUUAUAAUACAAGUUUUUAAAAAUAAUAUAUAUUAGGUUAGGUAUUGUUAAAGUAAUUUAUUUGGGAAUAUAUUGUCAUAUCAUAUCAAUCAUACUACUCUUUAUUAAUUAUUUGAAAUACAUUUUUAUUUAUUUUCUGUUUUAAUUAAUUAUUAGGUGCAAAUGUUUAAUUAAACCAAAUAAUGUAUUUUUGAUAAUUAAGACUUAUUUUUAUAUUAUAACUCUACAUCUGAGGCAAUAAAAGAAAAAAGUAAACCCCGAUAGGGUUUUCCCAUGUUAUUAAUUAUUUUUUGUUGGUUGAUGAUAUAUUGUUCCUAAAUUUUGGAUUCCUUACUAAAAGAAAUCCUGUUCAUUCCCUAAUGUACAUAGAUGUUGAUAUAUCCAUUAGCCUGAUAUAAAUUGAAUCAUGAUUACUUUGGUAUAUUAUUAAGUAAUAACAAAAGGGACCUAAUUAAAAAGUUAGACUGGUUAAACAAAUUUCAGAAAACUUAAAUUAAACUUAGUAUGCUACUAGUUUAAUUCCUAAACAUUUUAAUGGAUUAACAUCAUUCAUGCUGAUGAUGAUUAAAAUAUAAAAACUAUUCCCAAAAUAUUCUGGAAUAAAAGCAAUAAAAGCAAUAACCUUGAGUAAUACUAAAAUUUGCAUAAAUAUAAACAUUUUGAAAACAAGAUAAAAAUGGCUUAAUAAACUUUCCCUUAUCGAUUUCAAAAAACCAAAUUUAAAUGAUGGAAUAAUGUUUAAACUCCAUUUCUCAUCACCAUUAGAUAUAAUAUUAAUCACUCCGUCUAAGUAUAUAAGAAGACACUUAAGUAACAUGGUAAAAAGUUGAUAACUAUUAUUUGUACAGAAAAUUUAACAAAUCAAUGGUUCAAUUGGACAUUUUUAAUUAUGUUAAUUAUAUUCAUUUUCCAAAUAAUAAAUUCUUUUUUUUUUUUUUGAUUUAAAAAUUUAAUCUAAUAUACAAAAAGCCGUUUUUACAAUAUUCUGUUAAGUGUUUGUCAACUCUAACCAUCUGUUAAUGAUAGAAUAUUGUCGGUCUGCAGACUAUAUAACCAUCGGUUAUUACUAAUAAACAUUUUAUGAAAGAUUGUAAGAAUGGUCCUAAGUGAUUCUGUGUGUGUCAGUUGUGAAUUAAUUUUAUUUAUUUAACAAACUUGAUUUGUAUAGAUCUUUAAGUAAUUUUUUUUUUAUUUAAAAAAAAUUAUAAAAACUAAAUUGAUAAUUUAUUUUUGUAUGAAAAUAAUAAAUAGAUUAUUAGAAAAACUGUAGCUUACAAUCAAUUAAAAAUUAAAUACUAAUAUCUCUGUGAUAAAAAAUUCUAAAAGAAAAAUAUUUUUGAAUUCUUUAUGUUGUUAAUGUUGUAUAAUUCAAUUAUCAAUUUAAAAUAAUGUUAUUUAUAUAUUUAUUAUCUAAUUGUUUUUAAAAUUUGGGAUCAAUGCAUUUUUGAAAGUACACAUUGUAAAUGCAAAAUUUAUACUGCCAUAAUACAUUCUAACGUUUUCCCCUUGCUAUAUUUUGUUUUGUGUGGUGUAGGAUCGCAUGUCUGAUCUAUUAAAAUGGAGAGGAUAUAAUUCGAUUGACAAGCAAACAUUUUUGAAAUUACUCAUGGAGGCCAAAGAAGGAAUUAAAAGCGAUGAUAUCAUUAAAGUGGAUGAACUGCCGCCAUCUAAACAGACAAUUUCUGAAAAUGAUACUCUUAGGAAAGUCGAUCCAGAUGAAAAUUGACCCAAAGUUUAAAAAUUGAUUUUUAAAGAACUAAUGUAAACAAAGUUCUAUGGAAUUUCAAAUUAAUGACAACUGUUUAUGUUAUUUGAUUGUAAAUUAUUUCUUGUUAUUUAUUCUGUAAACCUGUGAUGUAUCAACAAAUGUAUAAUGAAAAAAAAAAAAAAAAAUAAAGGAAAAUACAAAUCCUUGAAGUGUUAUAUAUUAUUGAUUAAGGCAACAUAAAUACAAUUUAAUAAAACUUG